AUGCAUCUCGACGAGCCCUUCCCGGCACCGCCCAAGCAGGCGGAGUCUGCCCUGCUCAAUCGCCGUCGCCGUCGCAAGUCACUUCCUAUGCGCGGUCAGGGAGCCAACUCAUCUGCCGAUCCAACGUCGCCUGAAGUCAUCUCGUCGCUGAUAUCGUCCCUGUCCGCGAUCUCCGUGCCCCUGAACUCGCAUUUUGACAACGUGCCGCGCAUCGACUCCAAAGAUUCCUCCGACCCUGGCCUGCCAGAGGUCCCGCAAACCGCACCGUGCUUCACCAUUCCCCCUUCCAAACAAAAUGGCUUUGGAUUGAGCUUCGGCACCCACGCCACUACCGAAGAACCCCCGCAUUUCCCAUUCUUGCACCCAGAUGAUGCCGCCUCGUCGCCCGUCAUUCGCAUGGCCAGAGCGCCCCCGUCACCCAAAUCACCCAAGUCCCCCCGCUCGCCGAGAUUCAGACCGUUCAAACCGACCGACCCAACCACCCGGCCGGAAUCGAGGGAUUCCUAUACGUCGGCCCCCAGCAUCGCAUCGAACAGUUCCGCCGGACGAACGAAGAGUUUGAAGAGCCAUUUUGGACUGCUGAAGAGAUCAUCGCGCGAGUUCAGCAACGACAAGGAAACGCAGGCCGAUCGCCUGCGACGGACCACCAGCCACAGCGAGAGCUUACGGCAUAACACUCCUCGCAGUCGGGCGAGUUUGCGCUCCAUGUAUUCCAUGGCAGAUGUCGCUGAAGAGAAUGGGCCCAAUGGCCUGAAGGGGGAUCUAAUUGAGGGCCUGGUGACUAGCACCCCGCCGACCAGGGAACAACCAUCAAGUCAGAACACCCCCGACCCCGCCCACAAUCCGGGAGGAAUUGGAAGUGGUCGAAUCAUUCCGACGCGGGACUCCUCUCUGCGCCACCGACACAGUCAAUCCUCGGGCUCGAAGAAGUGGAGGUCUGCUCGUCACAGCCGAUACUCCUCGACUGCCAGCAGAGAGUCGACUGUCGCAGAGAAUGGAUUACCAGGGUCGAGCAACGACGCAGAGCAGGUGACCCGGAGAAUCCAGGAGCUGAAAGACCAGCAACAGAGGAUUAGAACUGAGCUGGAAGUUGAUGACAACCCUACUAAAUCGAUGACGACCACCACACCUGCGAAGCUGUCGAAGCCAUCGCGCAGCAGCAGUCAGAUUGAUCCGAACCGCAACCCUUUGCUACAGAAGGAGCCCAAAAACGAACGUUCUGUUAUGAAUGAUAGCGCCCCGUCACCGUCAGUCAUGACUGGCAAGAGCCGAACCGGGAAGCCCGGGGCGCCAUUAUCAUUCAAGCCUACCAACUUCGCUCCUCAGUUACAAAGGCAACCAUCCGAAAAGCUUGAGCAUGAGACAAGCCGUUAUCGACGAUCCCUGGAGCCCAUCUCCCCCACCCCGUCUCACCGUCGCACGCCGUCUGGUCCUACACUAGUCAACCGUCAAUCACUCAAUGCCGAAAGGCCGUCUAGUGCAGAUUCGAUCGAUCUGGCUGUGGAUGACUAUGUUUUCUCCCCCAAACUGACCCAGAAAGUCGCCCACCCGACCUCUGGCCGCACUAUUGCGUUCUCCGAAGUCGGUGACCCCAAGGGUCAUGUCGUUCUUUGCUGUCUUGGUAUGGGUCUCACCCGAUAUCUCAUGGCAUUCUAUGAUGAGCUUGCUCGGACGCUCAACUUGCGCCUGGUGACCCUGGACCGUCCUGGGGUUGGCGAGAGUGGACCACAUCAACUGGACGAGCCCAGUAAUCCUCUCAGCUGGCCAGAUGAUGUCGCCAUUGUUUGUAAUUAUCUCCGGGUGACCAAGUUCUCGAUUCUCGCUCACUCGGCUGGUGCCAUAUAUGCUCUUGCCACGGCCCUUCGAAUCCCUCAGCACAUUCGUGGACGUAUCCAUCUCCUUGCUCCCUGGAUUCCACCCUCUCAACUCUCUAGCAUCGGCUCCCAAAAGGAGCCCGUGCCGACCAAUGCCGUUCCCUACUCCCAGAGAAUCCUCCGUGCUCUUCCCACAUCCCUUCUCAAGGUGGCCAAUACUAGUUUCAUGAGUGCUACUAGUGCUAGCAUCACUACUAGCCUCCCCAAGUCCCCACGACGAGCCCGGAAGAAACCUACCAAAGAGACCCCCAAGGAAGAAGCACCUCCUGUUCCAGACGCUGCAUUAAGCAUCGAGACCAAAUCUCCACAAUCCGAUGGUUCCUCGGUCCUGGGAUCUUCGAAGCCAUCGAACAUCUCCCACGCCGCGUACAGAACGAGCGACGCCACCGUUGGAUCGCGCGCCAAGUCUCCAGAAGAAGAGCGGGAAAGACAGCGCGACUAUGACACGCGGCUCACCCACACUAUCUGGGAGCUGGCCACUGCCAAUGCCAACCCCGCAGUUGAUCUCUUGAUCUGCUUGGAACGCCGCCAAACCAUCGGGUUCCGCUAUGUGGAUAUCACGCGAGCCACCGUGAUUCACCACGGCAGCAAGGAUACCCGCGUGCCCGCUGAAAAUGUCCAGUGGCUGGGCAAGACGAUGCGGCGCUGUGAGGUGCGAAUCCUCGAGGGCGAAGGCCACGGUCUCAUGGCCUCUGCAAGCGUGAUGGGCAGUGUCUUGACUGAGAUUGCCAAGGAGUGGGAAGACUGGACGACCAUUGUCCAGGGCAAGCGUCGGGCGAACGCUCAACUUGCUGCACGGCCGGGUCUUUCCGUUCACACUUGA